CGCUCCGCUCCCCGCGACCCGCCAGGCCCGCGGCCGCCCAGGUGCGAGGCCGCCGGUCGCCAUGGCGACGCGGGGCGGCCAUCUUGGGGCUGCCCCCGCCCUCACCUGCGCGGCCUUCAGGUGAGCCGCCAUGUUGCGGCCCUGAGCGCAGCCGGGAUGCGGUGCGGUGAGGCGGUGGCCGGCGGCGGCCUUCUCCUCCUCCCCCUCCCGCGGGGGGUCCUGCUUCUGCUCGGUGUCUGCAGUGCUCUUUCCCUGGAAAUUAAAGCCAGUCCUAAAGUGCAAGCUUUCAUCGGUGAACAAGUAUUGCUGAAAUGCUCAUUCAAAUCCAGUUCCCCCAUGACUGAGAGCCUGACAGUAGACUGGACGUACCGGCCUCUCACAGGUGGUCAGAUGGAGACAGUUUUUCAUUAUCAGUCUGUUCCAUACCCAACAACAAUGGGAAAAUUCAAAGACAGGAUAUCCUGGGUCGGGAAUGUUGCCAGGGGUGAUGCUUCCAUUGCUAUCCAAAGCCCAGUGAUGAGUGACAAUGGGACGUUCAUCUGCAGUGUGAAGAAUCCUCCAGACGUGUACCAUAACAUUCCCCAGACAAUUCUGAUAGUUACAGAGAGGGGUUUUUUCUUCCAGCUAACUUCAGCAACACUGCUGUCCAUUUUAGUCUUUCUGCCUUCCAUCAUUGUGGUUGUUCUGCUGUUGGUGAGGAUGGGAAGAAAAUUUGGAGUGCUAAAGGAGAAAAAAAAAUCCGGCUGUAAGAAAUCUUCCAUUGAAGUGUCUGAUGAGCCCGAACAGACAGAGACAGACAGCUGCUUGGGGAAACUCAGAGACUGGUGUCUGAACUGUGUGGACACGGAUGAGGAAGUCCCAUACUAAUGAAAGACUAAAAAGCUAUGGAUAAAGAACAAAAUUACAGCACUGAAAAUCAUGGCUAGAUGGGUAUGAAGGCUGCGGGAUAACCGGUGCAGAUUGAGGGACCUGCUCUAAUCCUGGAUUGGAAGAACAACGCCAGUGGGAUAAUUCCGUCUUAUUUAAGCACAAAAGAGUGAUAUUUGAAAUCUUUCUAAUUUAUUGGAAAAAACAAUCUCUUAACCUCACUUCUCCAGUGCCUAUAGAAGCCUCAGUGCCUACAGCUGCACAGCCUGUUUCCUACCAGCAGUCCGACAGUGCCAUGCUUCUUGGUUUACGUGCAGAUUUGUUUCCUUUACUAUGGGUGACAUCCCUGUGCCCUUGAAUUUGAAUUGCCUGACGCGUAGGCUACUCCAGAGUGAAUCAGCUCUAAGGUGAUCAUCACUGGGUAUUGACAAUAUUUCCUUCUCCAUUUUUUGGGAAUGUAUUUGCUAAGAACUCGGAACGGUUUGAUUAAGUUGGUAUAUGGCAUCCUUUGUCUGGGAGCGAAGAGAACCUACUGCUUUUUAACUAUUCCGUGGUUCAGCUGCCACUUAAUUACAGGAUUAAUUUUGUUCCUACUGUUUUCUGAUCCUAUUUUUGAGUGACUGACUGCACAGUGGUGUUGCCUUAUAUCGUUGUUUUCUCUUUCCUUUUUUUUAAAUUUUAUUAUUUGCCCAACAGCUGCAUUACUAGGUACAUCUCCUUCUACUUGUAGAAGUGAAGCACAAUUCAUACAAACCUAAUCUUUUUAAAUCAGGAAUGCAAAUGGGGACUCUGUAUCUGGGGAAACAUAACCCCAUCUACCUCAACCAUUGACUCAAGCUGUGUCCAAAGGAAUGUUAUGUGUGCAGAACAGUCAUGUUCUUCCUUUUUCUUGGUACCACUUUAGGGAAACAGCUGAAAGUGCCUAAGAGUACUUUCUCUUUCACCAACCUUGUCCAAUAAUGGCUGGCAGAGAGCAGUGGAAUUUAUGCCUGCUCAAUACCUAAACAGCUGCUGUUUUCUGCUUCCUUUCUGUGUGUAGCGGUUGGUCAAAUAGUCUCUUAUGUAUGUGUUAUAUAAGUUUACUGUGGACUUUGAUGUGCCAUUACCAAUAAAUUCCUUUGUUUCA